UCCGGCGGCCCGGAAGGCAGCCCCCGCCCCGUCCGAGUCCCCAAACUCGCGGGCGUGCUCGCCGCUUAGACGUCUGGAGGGCAUCGCUCGCCGCCGCCGGGAGGGGCAGCUCCGCAGGGCGCGGGCGGCCGGGACCGGGGCCGCGGCGAGCGCGGAGGGCGGCGGGGCGGGGUGGGGGCGAGGGCCGCUCCUCUAGCCCCUUCCGCCGCCCCUCCUUUCUGCUCUCCCGCUCCCUCUUCCCGUCCCGGCCGGGAAGGCGCCGGGCUUGGCCUCUCUCCCCUUCGUGGCCGAACCAUGAGCUAGCAGCCCAUGCCGCUUCCUCCCCGCCCGACCCCGCGUCCCCUCCCCGGACCCGGAGGGAGGCCGCGGCCCGCGGGUCGGCUGCUCGGGCCCGACCCCACUCGGAGCCCCGGGGCGGCCCGCAGAGCCGGGAGCCGAGCCGGGAGCGCCCCGAGGGCCGAGGCCUGCUGGCCGCACUCUCGGAGCCCCGGCCGAGCCCGCGCGCCCCCGGUCCCCGAAGCGGGCCCAGGAGGGAGAGGGGGGGAGAGGAGGCCCUGGCUUCUCCGGGGAUGGAAGGGAUGGAGGCGGCGGCCCGACCUGCUGGCGGCAGCCUUCACGUCUGCGGCUUAGAGAAGUACAGCACCUGGGCCGUAGACUUCGGCGGUGCCGAGCCGCACAAGUCGAUACCCACUGUUCCCCAGGGGAAGGUCGCAUCCUUCCAGGUCUCCGGAGAUGGAUGAUCUCUGGAAUGCUGUUCGAGUUUACCCGAAAGAAAGUUCUUGUAAUGUGACUGAAAUUGCUCCCAUUACCUUCACAUCCCCUGCUUUCUGGAUUGAACCUUAGAAGAGAGGAACGGGUGGCUGGGCUGCCAAGACAAAGCUGAGGACCCAAAAUAGGGAGCAGAACAGCCAGCUCCAUGGAGGUGACCUCAGCUGUGGAGGGAAGUGGCCCUGAGCCACAGCCGGAGAAUGGACACCUCCCAAGACACUGGCCCUGUCCUCGAGAAGACAGAACACCCAGCCUGAUGGCCCCCCAGCCUCCUGGGGCACAGGGGAUACAGCUCCAAGGCCCCUCCGUGCUGGAGUCCAAGGUGAGGGCCUUGAAGGAGAAGAUGACAGCAGGCAAACAGGGGGCAAGCCCCUGCCUCACUUCUCACGAGCGGCCAUCCCUCAAGAAACCCAAAUGCCGACGAGUCAAGGUGGGUGGAACCAGGACUCCAUCAGAGGGGUCUUCCCUACCUGAUGCCGUGGUGGUCCAUCACGCUCAGAACCCAAACGACGGGCUGCUGGACAGCAGCAUCACUGAGGAGGAGUCCGCCAGGAACGGGGCCCCCGGGCCUCCCAGGUCGCCUGCCUCUGGGCUCCAGAGCUGGAACAGGAGGAGCCCGUGGCCUCCAGAAGCGGUACGGACACUGCCUGACCACGACAGGGCUCUGCCGCCAGGGCCCAGCUCUUUGCAAGAGAGCCCCAUGCACAGAGUCACUCCAAGCCAGCCUGAAGGCUCUGGUCCUUGUAACAAAACCGCCCACAGGACAAGCCUGAGGAAAGGAAGGUCAUACCCCCUGCAGGAUGGUCUCGUCACACAGGAAGACCUGGACAGCUUGUCUCUGACGUCUGAGGAGGACUUCGUCCCCAGGCCAGCCCUGCUGGGGGAGCUCUGGAGAGCUGGAGACCUGGGGGCCCUGGGCACCGGGGGCAGCACCUUGUCCCUGUCUGACCGCGUGGAGAGGAACCGCCUUCUGCUGCAGGAGAUGCUAAGUGUUGGGGGGCAAGGCCCCUCGAAGGUGGGAAGCCCAGCCUGGACUUCAUCCCGGGACAGAGCUGUGCCAGAGCGCCCGGCAGGGGACGUGGACUGGGACUCGGGCAUCUCCCUGCAGGACGCCGACCAGAGCAGGACCUUUAGUCCCAAGCCGGAGCCCGUGCUGAGCCCCAGGCAUGAGGAAGCCAAGCAUCUGCUUCAGCGAGCCCGCAUGAAGGCCAGGACCCGGCCCAUCCGUGCCAGCCACGAUAUUGUGCCCACCCUUGCCCAGGGCAGCCGAGAUGGGCGGAAAAGCCCAGCCUUGGACCCGAGGAUGACCCUUGCCUGCAGAGACAACCUCCAGAACGGGAACACGAGUGACUCCUCCAGCGGGGAGUCCAGCAGCGGGCAGUGGCCGAAGCGGGCCGCCUCCCCGUCCCACGUCCGCUUUGAGGAUGAAUCAGCCCGCGACGCCGAGUCCCGCUACCUCGAGCGGCUGCAGCAGCGUCAGCGCCAGGUGCUGAGCACCGCGCUGCAGCCGGCGGACCAGGGCCUCCUGCGCUCCAAGCCCGACCUCGCCGACUAUGUCCACGGCGGCUGCCGGCGCCAGGACGCGGGCGCGGGGGCUCUCCACCCGCUGCUGGGCGGGCUGGAGCCCCGGGGCCUCCCCGCGCCGCCGCCCGCUCAGGGCAGCGAGAGGAGGUGCCGAGCCUGCGGCCACUGCAUCGCCCCCGACCCGAGGGUCCUCCGGGAGCGCGAAGCCGCCUGCGGGAUGGAGGGGGUGUUGGCGCAGCCCCGCAGCCCUCGGGGCCUGGGCGGCCCCCUCCGGCUCUUCCCUGCCGAGCCCGGACUCCACACCGAGUGGAUCCGGGAGACGCACAUCGGGGGCCAGGCGCGCCCAGAGGAGGCAGACUCGGCCCUGGACAGCACGGACACCUCCGACAGCUGCAGGACCGACAGUGAGGAGGCCGGGACCUCCCAGCCCAGUAGGGUCCGCGGCAGCAGCCCCCGCCUGCGGGCCUCCAGGCCUCGGGGAGGCUACAGGUGGUUCCAAAAGGCUGAAAUGGGGCCGCUCCGGAGCCCUCAGGCCCCGCCCUACCUGCCUGGGCUGGAGCUAGUGGAGGUGUUGGGUGAGGUGACAGAAGGCACGGGACAGACGCCUGAGGGGACUCUGCUCCCCAGAGAAGAUGCUUUCUCUAAGCCUCUUGUCCAGGACUCUAACAGGGCUUCCCUGGGGUCCCAGCCUGGACCAGGGCCGGAAAAUCACUGGGCUCAGCCUGUGGAUUCCCGGACAGCCUAUGCCAUCGCUUCUUCCAUGAAGGUGGGCUCCUCGGCGCCAGGCAGACAAGCCCAGGUUGUAGAGAGCCAAGAGUCUCUGGGAACUGACUCCCCGAAUCAGAGCCACGCAGAGCCCUCUGCCCCCAACCAGGCCCAGCAGCCAACCGCUUCCCUCUCCCCCGAAAGCUGGGUGCCGACCCCUCCCUCUUCAAAGAAAACCACCUCCCCUGUGUCUCACAGGAAGGCAGCCCUGGCUGGACUUCGCAGGCCGGGUGACCAGGGAGAGCCUAUGGACGCCCCCGUGCCUUCUUCCAGAAGCGUAGUUCCCAGGGCCUGUGAGCUCACCCGGCCGCAGCCCCAGCCCCGCAGCCCCUGUGUCACCCCGUCCACCGGUCACUGCAACAACGGCACGCCCCAGGGGCUGCAGGAGCCCUGGGGAGGAGCCAUCUUCGCGGGCAGUGGGGAGAAGGGCGCCUACAGCCAGAAGCCUGCAGCACCGCCGGAGGACCACGGAGAUGGAGGACUCCAGGGCUGUCUCGCCUCAGCAGCUGUUGGCACCAUCAGCUCCAAGGGCAUCACCUUCUCCCCGGCCUCAGAGGAGCCAGCGUCCAGCCAGGAACCAGAGGGCGGCCUGCAGAGGACAGAGCCGAGUUCUGUAGGGCAUGUGUCAUCCCGAGCAUUGCCAGGGGUCAGUGUGGGACCCAGCCUGCCCUCAGCUGCGCCUUCUGACAAGAACAAGAAAAGCAGCGGCAGCAUCUCCUCCACCCUGGGGCUAAAAAAGUUCUUCUUGGCCCUGACAAGUCAGGGCACAAGGCCCAAGCUGGGCAAGUCCCGCAGCUACAGUGUGGAGCAGCUGCAGCCCCCGGCGCCCAGCCCGGCUUCACACACCAGCGCCCCCAAAAUGAAGAGAGCCCCAUCGUUACAAUCCCUGCAUCCGGUGUCACCCUCUCGCCAACGUCGGAAAGCUGCCUCUUUUCAGAACCUCCAUUCUCUGCUGAGUGGCAAGGUGGACCGGUCCAACCUCUACCUGGUAGGGGAGCCAGGGGAUCACAAUGCAGCUGACAGGCCAGCCAAGGCGCCGCCCCGGCGCUCCCUCAGCGUGGAGGACGUGAGUGCCCCGGGCCUGGCUCGUGCCGUGGGCCGCAUGGUGGAGGUGUUCCCGGAUGGCACGAGCCAGCUGCAGCUACAGCGCUCCCCGGAGGGCACUUUCGGCUUCUGUGUGGCCUCUGGGAAUGGACGCCGGGACUCAGGUAGGACCCCCCGCCUCCCUUUUCUGGCUCCACAGCCCUGGGGCCUUGGCAAACCACUGCAGUGCCAUCUGGCUGUGGUUGUUUCCGCUUCCUGUCUUUGGCUGAACAAUGAGCUCUGGACUCAGAGAGCCUCUCAGAGAAAGGACUGGAAUUCUCCCCUCAAGGGGGCAGAGAUGGCAGGCUUGCUCCACUGUCCCUCUGUCCAUCUUGAAGUCAGAAUCUCAGUGCCAUCUUUUCACUGGAGAGCCCGAGGGAGGUUGUCUGUGCUGGCUGGUUCUCUGGAUCCCUUUGACGUGGCUGGUGUGUUUAACCGGUUCCCCUCCUCUAGCUGUGGAGUAUGUCUGGGCACGUGGACCGUGCCUGCCUGUGUGUGCAUCCAGACCCCUCCCUCAGGGCUGGCUCCUGCCGGGCCUGUUCGCAUGUAUCCUGGCUCCAGGCCCCUGGCUGGGCGGCCUGCUAGGUCUUGAUUCAGUGCUGGCAGGAUCAGGGAGGGGCUGUGAACAUCCUUCUGCACUCCGGCCAGCUCUUAGCCCUGCCCCAUGAAUCUUGCAGGGCAAAAUGACUUCCCCAGGCCUUUACCCAAGGUCUGUGGGUCAGAAUCCAUCACAGGGCAAGGGACCUUGACAUACAUUUCUCAGAUGAGAUGAGUAAGGAAGGAAGACAGACGUGCAGGAGUGGGAAGGAGAGGAGAGAGAGGAGGAAGAAAGGGAGAGACAGACACAGAAAGACACGCUCAAAGCUGCCCUGGCUGGGCUGUGCCGCGGAGGGUUUAGUCCUCUGCUUUGAUCUCCUAGGUCAAGAUUAUUUAGCUGGCUGAAAUCUGCCUGCUGCCAGAGUUGCAGACCACAGCGAGUUCUUGCGUAUGUUCCAUCAUUCAUUUUUCAACAAUAUACGUUGAGCACCUACUGGGUGUUGUAGAUACUGGGGAUAGAGCUGUAAAUGGAACAGAGAAAAUCCUCAUCCUCAGGAGGACGCAUUCUCAUGAGGAAGCUAGACUGUAUCUACAAAUAUAUAUAUAUGUUUAUUUAUAUUUAUUUAUAUAUUUUAUAUAUACAUAUAAUGUGUUAUAUGUAUGUCAGAUGGCGAAGAGUACUAAGAAACAAACACAAAUAAAGCAGGAUAAGGCCCAAGGGCAGUGAGUGUGGGAGUACCGGUGGGGCAGCUUUUCUGAGAAGAGACCCCUGAGCAGACAGACACUGGAGUGAAGUGAGGGUGGGCCAUGUGGUGUCUGGGGAAGUGUGUUCCAGGCAGAGGGAACAGCCAGUGCGAGGCCCUGAGGGCUGGGAAUGAGCGUGGCCUGUGGGAGGAACUGCAAGGAGGUCAAGCUGGACAGAGAGGGGUGAAGGGGAGAGACUGAGCUGAGGGCAGAAAGGUGGGAGACAGCUGAGCCCAGAAAUGGGGGAGAGAGACUGAGCUGAGGGCAGAAGGGGCUUUCUUGCCAGUGAGACCGGAGCCACCAGGGGCUUGGAGCAGGGACUGACGUGCUCUGAUUGAACACUUUAACAGGCUCACUGGCUGCUGUGUUGAGAAUAGACCCUAGUGGGGUGACAGUGGAACCAGGAAGACCACUUUUAGGGCUAUUUCAACAGUCCAGGAAAGACAUGGUGGUGGCGGCUUAGACUGGGGUGGCUGUGGAGGUGGUGAGAAGUGGCCGGGGUCUGGUUGACUUGAAGGUAGUUUUGACUAUUUGCUGAUGGAUUUUACAUGAGUGUGAGAGGAAGGGAGGACGAGUUUCUCCCCACUCUGGCCCUCAGGAGGGUGCCUGUCUGUCCUCACAGGGAGAUGGCCAUUGUGAGCAUAUGUUGACCAUUGCAAAGUGCUCCACGGGCUGUUAGCCACUCUGCCCGUUCCUCCAGGUUCCUGUCUCCUUCGGUGAGGGAGACAGGCUCUUCCAGAGAGGCAGCAUGCAGGCAUAGUUAGACGACAGAGUGUGGUUUGUACUCCAGCGCCUCUGCUGGCUGUGUGACCUUGAGCAGGUUACUUACCCACUCUGAGCCUCAGGUCUCUAAUUUGUAAAAUGAAGCUAAUGAAACCCUACCUGGAAGAGUCAUAAGGAGCAUUCAGUGAGGUACAUGGGAAAGUGCCUGGCCCAUUUCUUCCCUUCCCUUUUCAGAAAAAGAAUGUGUAUUGGGGGAGUAGAACUCCAGACGGGGGCAGACAUGAUCUGAGUCAUCUGUCAAUGUGAGAUCAUACCCAACUGGCCAUUCUACUAUGCCCCCCUUCCUCCCCCAAAGUCCCUUUAGGCCCCUUUACAGGCAGUGGGACCCCCUCCCCCAUCCCGUCAUGGACUGCUGAUGGGCAGGGGUCUCUAAUGACCAAGAGCUUCUUGGGCUCUGCCCUGGCCCGCUCCCCAGGAUGCCCCUCACCUGGUUGGUGCAAGCUCUUCCCUGUCGUGCCCAGCUGGUGCCCUGCUCCUGCUGCUGCAGUUGGCUGCUGGAUGUCACGCAGAGCUCCCCUCACACAUGGAACAUGGCUGGUGCUGGUGCCUCCUUGCCACAGGCCGUGCUCCAGCAGCCAAGGGUCACUUCUCCUGGGCCUCAGAGGGGCCGUGAGCUGGGGCUGGUUUGCAUUCCUCACUAAAACAUCAAGAUGCUGGUGUUACUUGCCGGCUAUCACAUCUGAUUCUGUACAGGCAUGUGAGAACAGCAGGCUUCGCCUUCUGCUUCUAAUUGAAUACAACACAGAGAUCAUACAUCCUUAACAAAGGCCGUUUCCAGCAGACAGUAAAUGCCUACGAUAGCAGUCUCUCUGUCAUAUUUGUGUCGUGACUUUCAGUUGUGAAGCCUACCCCAGGCAUGACAGCGGUGUCUGGUCCUCCAGCUGCAUUCUUUUGGGUUUUCUCAUCACUCCCCACUGGCAUGUUCUGCGGUACAGCAGCCGUUUCUGCCGGCUCCACCCCUGCCCUCCUUACCUGCCUCUCCCCAUGCCGCCAACACGCAGACAGGGCAGACAAGCUGUUAAAGAACCCAGAAAGAAGAGGGAAAGGAUAGGGCAAGGGCUGAGAGAAAAGCCCUGUGCAGCCAAGAUGGCAGACAGACCUUGUCAGGAGGGAGCCGGCCUUGCAGGAAAGGCUCAGCUCUGCCAAGAAGCACUGAGAGGCAGUUCCACAGGUCAGACCAGGGAGAAGGAGUAUGUCAACAGCUCCGAUUUGCUACAGCCAGAGCUGCAAACCUUCAGGUGCCUUAGAGGAGGUUUCAAUGCACUUUCAAACCCGAAUUUCAGAGGGUGGGCUCUGAAAAGCUUGACUUCUGUUGGAGCCAGAAGCUCCUAGGGGCUGGGCAGACAAGAAGAUGACCUUGCACUCGUCCAAGACAUCUUAAAAGGCUUCCAGCCGGAGACUGGGGGACAAGACGAGAUGCUCUUUCGGGUCCCUUCUAAGGAAGCUGAUUUUAGGAAGAGGAAGCAGGGAGUCAGGGGUGGGCAGCUGCUUAAUGUUUCUAAUCAGCCAGCCAAGUCCAGGCUGGGGAGCAGCGAGGGUGCUUAAGGCAAUGCUAACCUGACCCCGUGAGUCCUGUAGGGGCUGUCGCGGCAUAGGGUCCCCACCCUGCAGUCCUCCCGCGGAAGGGGCUGAGCUCUGCACACCCGCGCUCACUCGGUGCGUCCGGAUGGAGGGCACCCAACUUUCCCUGGAAGAGCCUGUGCUCCCUUACUGUCAGGUGGAAGCAGCUGACGGAGAAUUUGAAAGGUUUUCAGCAGAAGUUGAGGCAAGAGGGGCUCCCUCAGCUGGACCGUCCUGCACUGUGUAGCGAGGGAGCCCAGCCCAGCCAGCCCGAGGCUUCCAGAGCCUUCCAGAGCCUGCUCCACUGAGUUCCUCGAAUUGAACCCCAGGAUAGGAGAAGCAGGUUCUUCCCAGGCUCACCCUACCUUAGAGACCCAGGGAAUGGUCCCAGCCAGGUGGGGCCUUUUGGGGUCACUGAGGGGAGAGAGUAUGUGUGAAGAAGGGAAAAGUGAGCCACGAUGACUUUAAACACGGGGCCAGAAUUUCUAUGUUUCUUGGGCUUUUGCCCAGAAGCCUCUGAAUCCUAAGUAAGGAACCGUAUCCGAGGAAGACUGAGGCCAGGGCUAGUCCCAGACAAUCCUGUGAAGCAAACCAGGUUUGGAUUUGACCUCAGCCACGUUCGCUACUCCAGUGGUACCAUCCACCACCCAGCUACUUGAGGGCAGCAGCUGGGUCUUAUUUGUGAAUCCCACCUAGCAGGGUGCCAGGCAUGUAGUAGGUCUUUGUCUCAAUUUUUCAACAUUUUCCUCCCUAUUUUACAAUCAAAGCUUAUCCCAGAAAAAGAUAAGAUUAGCUCAUUCACACUGGGGUGUACAUGAAUAAUAACAGCUUAAAGCAUUAUUUGUAUUAGGAGGAUUUUAAAAGAGGAGACAGAGAAAUGAAGUUAUACCAUGGAGGUGGGCACACUGUAUCUAUUUAUAAAGCCAGUUGUGGUUGUGAAGUGGAAUAAUGAGGGAGAGUGUGUGUGUGUGUGUGUAGUGCCCUGUAUGAGCACCUGCCUCCCCUCCACCCCAAACAGCAUCCACCUGAGCAUUCCACAGAGCUGCAUGUCUUUGAUUUGGAUUUCCUGUGUUAGUUCUCCUGUUUUC